CCCCGAGCCCAACACCGUCGCCCCACCGGUCAGUUAUAUAAACCAGCCCCUGAGGGCAGCGCGGCGGGUAGGGUUAGCAUUUGCGCGUGGGCGCCUCCAAAGAACCACUUGUAGUUCUUCUCCCGCAGCCAAAUCAAUGAUUUGGGGAAACACCGGCAGCGGCCGCCGCAAAACAGCACCCGUUCUUCCCACAGUCUAAUCCCCCAAUUCUUCCUCGCAUCAAGCUGUUCGAUCCCGCCGAUUCGAGGCGGGCUCUUCCGGCCUCGUGUAAUUAUUGCCGUUUGUCGAGGGUCAGGCGGCGAUUAGCGAAGGCGCUGGGUGCUCGUCGUCUAGGGUUUGCUCUCCGUGAAGCUGUUUGAUUGGGUUUCAGGGGUUGCCUGCAUUUCUGUUGAUUGGGCUUGGAGGUGGUGAGCCAAGAUGCAGACUCGACAGAAAUUCGCUCGUGUCGAUACCCAGGAGCUGAAAUCCCGGAUCGCCAAGAAGCUGGGCCAUCAGCGAGCCGAGCAGUACUUCAACAGCCUCAAGAAAUUCCUGAGCUUUAAGCUCAACAAGGAUGAGUUUGACAAGAUUUGCUUGAGUGUAUUGGGCAAGGAAAAUAUCAAGCUUCAUAAUUUCCUCAUCCGGUCAAUCCUCAGCAAUGCUUCCUUGUCCCUUGGACCACCUAGUAAGCAGACGGUGACCGGUAACUCACAGACUAGCAUGGUGUCCAAUGGGCCACUGGGCAAUGGCGCUCUGCCGGCGAAGAUGGGGCGGUCUAUCACCAGCAGGGAUAGGAAGUUCGCUGAUAGGCCAAGCCCCCUUGGUCCCCAUGGGAAGGCGCCUCAUGGUCAUGGAGGCGAGGUCAGCAACUCCUGCGACAUACCGAGAUCUAGGGAGCAACAGAGUACCCUGGAGUUUGUUUCAUCAGGGAGCAAGGUUUUGUUGGAAGUUGUCUCUGUAGAAGAUGGGGAGGAGGUUGAGCAAGUGCGCAGUAGCCCAGCAUGUGUUCAAAGUCGGAGCCCCAUCAGAGCUCCGUUGGGGAUUCCAAAGGCUCACACUCCUCAGCCUUCUACCUCUUACACUUAUGAAACAUGUUCUAAUAAUGCGGAGUUGCCAGAUACUCGGUCAUUGUGGAAUGUACUUCAGCACAGAUUGCAAGCACAAGGCCUGAAUGUAUCCAUGGAGUUUGCUCAUGUACUGAAUUCUGGGUUGAACUCACAUUUAACUCGCUUGCUCAAGUCUUCUUUGGAUGUCGCUAAAGCAAGGGGAAAUGGAACAAGGAUACCUCAAGCGAAUGGAAGAGCACGUCCUUCAUGGAAUGGUGGACAGAACCAUGGUUUUCCUUCAGAAUCAGGCCAGUUCUACCAAGCUUCGUUACAAGAUGUUAAGGUAGCUGUGGAGUCCAACCGUCAGUUAUUGGGUUGUGAUCAUUCCAAGCAGCAUGAGAAGCUUAGCUUUCGUCUUAUGGACCAGUGAAAGUCACAAAUGCAAUUUUGUUGUCUGUUAGCAAAUACUAUCUUGACCGUAUACCCUGUCUGUUAUGUUUCUGUCGGCCGUGCCGCGAAACUACAGUUAGAUUAAGCUGAGAUGAAUGAACUUGGAAUAGUAGGAUCGAGUUAUACAUCCAUGAUUCUUGGAGUUUGUAUGUGUAAGUGAACUUUAAUAACAAGUGCCUUCGCACACAUAGAAAAGAUCUGUCAUUGUGUCUUUGCUUCAUUUAAAUGUUAAAUGUUAGCUUGUACUGGCUGAAA